UUGUAUACUGACACUAUUGCUACUUUUAUAAACGUUUUGUUCUGCCAGCUGUGGAAAAUUGUUUAUUUGUCCGUGUGAACAUUGAAUAAAAUCUCUUUUGUUGCGAUAUUUUUAUUGCCAUUGAUCAUUCUGAAGUAGAGACAGUAAAAAAACGCAAUUCGACCGAAGAUGUCUUACAUGCUACAACAUUUACACAAUGGCUAUCAAGUCGACCAAGCAAUUUUAUCCGAAGAGGACCGUGUUGUGGUGAUUCGAUUUGGUCAUGACUGGGACCCAGCUUGUAUGAAAAUGGACGAGGUGUUGUACAGUAUUGCAGAGAAAGUGAAAAAUUUCGCUGUCUUUUACUUAGUCGACAUCACCCAAGUAUCGGACUUCAAUAAAAUGUACGAAUUGUACGAUCCAUGCACGGUGAUGUUUUUCUUCCGUAACAAGCACAUAAUGAUCGAUUUGGGAACGGGUAACAACAACAAAAUCAAUUGGCCGUUGGAAGACAAACAAGAAAUGGUCGACAUCGUUGAGACAGUGUACCGUGGUGCUCGCAAAGGUCGUGGUUUAGUGGUCAGUCCAAAGGAUUACUCCACCAAAUAUCGAUAUUAGACACUUUUUUCACUCAAUUUCUCAAUUCUGGAACAAAAUUUACUUAUAAAACGAUGAACCUUUAUUUCAAUUUAACGACGUUUCUUGUAAUAAAUAUUAAACAAGCAUCUUAGCUCUUGUAAAAAAAAAUUACCAAUAAUUUCAACGAAAAUAAAUGCGUGGAUUAUUUGAGACUCAAAAUGUGUUGUGUGUGUGUUUUAUUUUAGUGGCUUUUGUGCCAAAACAUUCUUUUUUUCUAUUUUAAUUGGCAACUUGUGCACUGAACAUGCUUUCUUAAGGCUAACAUUUACGUCGAACAUAUUUGUUUGUUGGUGCAAAUCGCCAAAUGUGCGAAACGAUUUAAAAAAAAACAA